GCCUGCCCUGGUGGAGGAGGAAGGAGGCCUCAGGAGCAUCCUGGCUGCAGCAUCACUUGCAUCAGCAGCAGAGCAAAGAGAAGGAAGCUGGCAUCAUCCAAGGCCAGAACUGAUCUGCAGAAGCAUCAUCGCUGGAGAAGCUGGGAAAAGGGAGACCUGCUGGGAAAGUUAAGUGGCCAUUGCGAGUGUCCUGGGGGAGUGCUGGGAAAGGGAUCCGCAGUGGCUCACCUCGCCUCACACCCAGCCCAGCGGCGGACAGGUGGACGGACCCGGCCCACGGACGGACGGACGGACGGACGGACGGACAGGAAAGACGAUAGGAAGAGAGCUGCGAGGACCAUGCGAUAGAGGCCCCCUGGCAGACUGAAGAGAAGAGGACAGCAGCAGAAGCAGCACCACCAUGGGAGAUCUGACCCCAACCCACAUCAAUUGGCAGGUGCCAGCCAACAGCGAAGCCCACCGCACCAACCGCUUCUCCUGCUCUGAGCUGGUGGUCCGCCGGGGGCAGCCGAUAGCCAUGACCGUGUACCUGAACAAGACCCCCCAAGGCGGGGAGAGCUACGCCUUCAUAGCCGAGACAGGGUCCUCCCCUUCGGAGUCCCAUCACACCCGGGCGGUCUUCCCCGUCUCCAGCGCCCUGGUUGGCGGGUCCUGGAGUGCCACGCUGACAUCCCGGGAUGCCAACUACCUCAACUUCUCCAUCACCAGCCCAGCCACAGCCCCCGUCGGGCGCUACAAGCUGAGCCUGCAGGUGUCCAGUGGCAAUCAAGUGAACGCCCGACUCCUGGGGCAAUUCAUCCUCCUCUUCAACUGCUGGUGCUCAGGGGACCCGGUCUUCCUGGGGAACGAGGCCGAGCGGCAGGAAUACGUCAUGAAUGAAAAUGGGGUCAUCUUCGUGGGGAACGCCAACUACAUUGAGGCACGAGGCUGGUACUACGGCCAGUUCCAGCAGAACAUCCUCAACCUCUGCCUGUUGCUUCUGGACCUCAGCCUCUACCACCGAAAUGACCCUGCGGGGGAUGACUCCCGUCGGGGAGACCCCCGAUACGUGUCCCGCGUGGUCAGCUCCAUGGUCAAUGGCAACGACAACGACAACGGGGUGCUGGAGGGCAAGUGGAGCGAGGAGUUUGCUCACCAUGAGAACCCUUCCCGGUGGGACGGGAGCGUGGCCAUCCUCUGGAAGUGGGCCCAGGACAAGUACCGACCUGUCCAGUAUGGCCAGUGCUGGGUCUUUGCAGGCGUGGCAGGCACAGUGAUGAGGUGCAUGGGGAUCCCCACCCGCCUGGUCACCAACUUCAACUCCGCUCACGACGCAGACCACAACCUGAGCAUCGAUAAAUACUAUGACCCCUCCGGAAAGAGCCUCAAGAUUGGACAAGACUCUGUGUGGGACUACCACGUCUGGAACGAAUGCUGGUUUAUCCGAGUAGACCUGGGAAAGAACUACAACGGGUGGCAAGUGAUCGAUGCAACGCCACAAGAGAAAAGCCAAGGCAUCUACCAGUGUGGUCCGGCUUCCGUUGUGGCCAUCAAGCAAGGGGACGUGCGGCUGAACUAUGACACGGCCUUUGUCUUCAGCGAGGUGGACGCUGACAUUAACCGGUGGAUGGUCAACUCCAAUGGGACUCGGAAGAGGGUCUACUGCGACACCAGAUCCAUUGGCACCGCCAUCAGCACCAAGGCUGUGGGCAGCAACUACCGGGUGGAUGUCACAUGCAACUACAAGUUCUCAGAGGGCUCUGCAGAGGAAAGGAGGGUCUACCAGAAGGCCUGCGCCGAGAUGUCCGGCUCCCGGGCCUCGCCAAGCAACCUCAGAGCUCCUGAGGAAGCCGCCUCUGAACUGAUCACCCACCCAGGGCUCUUUGGGAAGUUCCGGCUGGCCCAGCCACCCGUCCUGGGCAGAGACGUCAACCUGAUCCUCAGCCUGUCCAACCUCUCCACUGCCCCCAAGACCGUCACCGUGAACCUGAGCGUCUCCACUGUCCUCUACACACGGAGGGCCGUGCGCGAGAUCCUCAAGGAGGCCACCACCAUCCAUCUUGGCUCCAAAGAAGAGAAGCACAUUCCGCUGCGGAUCACCUAUGGCCACUAUGGUGCCUCCCUGACGGACGACAAGAAGCUACUGGUGACGGCCUUGUGCGACGUCCAAGAGGGGGUGAAGCUGCUGGUGGAGAAGGCCAUCACACUGGAGAGCCCCAACAUUGCCAUCACGGUCGUGGCCAACAAGCCCACCACAGUGGAGAUCGCCUAUGCCAACCCGCUCCCAGUCCCCGUGGAGGACUGCGUGCUCCUGGUGACCCUCAUGGGGCAGGCUGUCAAGAUCAAUGUGGCCGGACUGAGGCCAGGGGAGCGGUCGAGCAUCUUCUUCGAGUUCACUCCUCGCAGCCUGGGGUCCAUGCAGCUCCAGGUGGACUUCUCCUGCAGCCGCUUCCAACACGUCAAGAGCUUCGUCCUCCUGGAGGUGGCCCCGACGGAGGCCCUAGGCUCCUGCAACGCCGGGGGGGGCGGCAGAGAGGAGCCCCCCGGGGCCACAGUCUCAGGAAGCGCUUCUCGCCCAGGAGGGGGCACUGCAGCACCCAUCGUCCGCCAGCCAGACUCCGGCCCAGCCAAGGCCAAGGCCCAAGGACCGGGGGGCAUUCGGGGCCUCCGGAUGCCUGGGGUCACCCCCUGCGAGCCCCUGCCCCCGAGAGGUACCCAGCUGGAGGGCUGCCCCUCCCUCCCUCCCUCCGGAGGUUGGGCCCCUGGAGGCCAGUCGGGAAUCCCGGACCCUCGGCUUGGAGGACAAAUAAGCGGCGGACCUGAUCCACUCCGGGCCCCUGUCCGCCGCCGCCGCACCGCCCGCCAUGCCAGGGAAAUCUCCAGCCCCGAAGCCCCCAGUCCGCUCCUCAUCCAAGGCUUCUCGAUAUGGCAAGCCUCGCCCCGAGGGGAUGCCUCCCCCUCCAGCCCAUCAGAGGCCGAGGGCAAGGGAGCCGCCCCCAAGGAGUCCAAGCCCCGCGGUGGUCACCCUCCCGUCCUCUGCCUCCCGGAGACCCUGGACCCGGAGCGGGCUGAAGCGGCGGAGAGCCCCGACGACCAGCUCCAGCCGUGCGCUGACUCCUCCUCCUCCUUCGUCGGCGCCGGAGAGAAGGAGCCUCCAAAGAGGUCAGGCCAGGUAUGCCACACCUCCACCUCCCGGCUGUUCCUGCUGGGCAAGAAAAGGACAGGGCUGCCCGGAGGCACCUCUGUUCAGAAGGAGGAGGCCAGGCUGCAGCUGGCGUGCCUUGACUGGCAGAGCGCCCGGAACCACAGGGAUCACCACACGGUGGAGAUGGGUGGGCACCAGCUGGUGGUGAGGAGGGGGCAGCCCUUUGCCCUCACCCUCCACUUCCACUCCAGGGGCUACCAGCCCAGCCGGGACGCCAUGUACCUGGUUGCAGAGACAGGGCCGUCACCGGAGCUGGAGUGGGGCACACGUGCCAUCUUCGGGGUGGGUCUGGGCCAGAGAGACCCCCGGUGCAUCUGGAGGGCUGCCUUCCUCUCCAGUGGCCCCCGGUCCACGGAGAUCGCCGUGUCGGCCCCAGCAGGGGCCCCUGUCGGCCGGUACUGCCUGAAGGUCCGCCUGGAUUCAGAGGGGAGAUCCUCCUCCUACCUGCUGGGGGAGUUCAUCCUGCUCUUCAACCCUUGGUGCCCAGAUGAAGACGUGUACCUGGCAAGUGAAGCAGAGCGGCAGGAGUAUGUCCUGAACGAGGAGGGGGUCAUCUUCCAGGGGAACAAGAAGUGGGUUGACCCCAUGCCCUGGAACUAUGGACAGUUCGAAGAGGGCAUUGUGGACAUCUGCUUGAGACUUCUGGACCGGAGCCUCAACUCCCUGCACAGCCCUGCGGAGGAUGCUUCCUGCCGUGGCAGCCCCAUCUAUGUCAGCCGGGUGCUGAGUGCCAUGAUCAACAGCGAUGAUGACAGCGGGGUGGUCCUGGGCAACUGGAGCGAAGACUAUGAGGAUGGCACCUGCCCCUCCGCCUGGAACGGUAGCGCAGCCAUCCUGAGGGAGUGGAGCCGGACUGGAGGCCAGCCAGUCAAGUAUGGGCAGUGCUGGGUCUUUGCUGCCGUGAUGUGCACAGUGAUGCGUUGCCUCGGGAUCCCAACCCGUGUGGUGACCACCUUUGACUCCGGACACGAGAAGGAUGGGGACCUGGUCAUUGAUGUCUACUAUGAUGAGAAUGGACAGCUCCUGGAGACAGAUGACACCGACAGCAUCUGGAACUUCCACGUGUGGAACGAGUGCUGGAUGGCCCGGAGGGACCUGCCCCCGGGAUACAGCGGGUGGCAGGUGGUGGAUGCGACACCCCAGGAGCGCAGUGACGGGCUUUACUGCUGUGGUCCGGCCUCCGUCCGAGCUGUCCGGGAGGGAGCGCUGGGCCUCCCCUACGACACCCGCUUUGUCUUCUCCAUGGUGAAUGCUGACCGGGUGGUUUGGCUGCUCUGCGGCACAAAGAAAGAGCAACUCCAGUGGGACACGGACGCCGUGGGGACCCUCAUCUGCACCAAAGCUGUGGGGAGCGACGCAGAAGUAGACAUUACUGCCACUUACAAGCACCAGGAGGGUGAGGAGGGGGCAGCAGGACCACCCUCCCCAGGAAGGCCUCCUUGCCCACUGGGCCGGAGGAACAAGAAAGGCUGGUGGACAGGCCUUCCUCCUGGCCUGGCAGGUUCCCGGGAAGAGCGUGCCGUCGUCCUGAAGGCCCUCCGGCACGGACGGAUGCUGGGGACCCCCUGCGCCUGGGAGGAAAGGCCCCAUCCAGCCCCACUGGGUCCCCCCAUGCCAGACCCCUGUGGAACUCUUAGAGACCUUGGUGGUAGCAGGGGGGCCCGUCUGCAGGAGGAGCCCCCAUCGGCCCCCAAGGCCCAGACCUCCCUGCGGCUUCAGCUGGUGGAGAGUCCUGAGGUUGGGCAGGACGUCCAGCUGAGGCUCCUGGUCAGCAACCGGGAGUCGGCCAGGAAAGAGCUCAAGCUGAGCCUCAGUGCCCAGCCCCUCCGGCACAACGGGCGCCCCUUGCCCCCCUGCUGGCAGGACCUGCGCUACCUCUCCUUUGGGCCCAGGGAAGAGAAGGAGCUGCCCUGGCGGAUCCCCUUUGGACGGUAUGGCCCCCACCUGGGUGAGGACAAGCAGCUCCACAUCACUGCCAUGGCAGAGGAGAACACCUCUUGGCAAAAGGCCCUGGCCGAGAAGACCAUCACGGUUGCCAGCCCUGCCCUCCUCAUCAACGUCCUGGCCCCCGUGGUGCUGAACCAGGCCUUCCCGCUGCAAGUGGAGUUUGCCAACCCCCUGCCCGAGCCGGUGGGCCACUGCGUUUUGACCGUGGAAGGCAGUGGGCUCGUGAGGGGCCAGCUCCGGAUCGAGUUGGGCUCCCUCGGGCCCCGUGCACAGACCAGCGUCAAGUUCCAGCUGACCCCCUACAAGAGUGGCCUCCGGAAGCUCCAUGUCAGCCUCACUGGCAGUGAGUUUGCCCCCAUCAAGGGCCACAAGCAACUGGAGGUGGCUCUCAGCCCAGCGAGCGGAUGGAGGGUGUGCCGGGUGCCUUAGCAGCAGAAGGAGCCGCAGCCCUAACCCUGGAGGGUAUGACAGGUGGCACCCUGGCACAUCUUUGCC